AUGGCGGCCGCGUUGCUGCUGCUGCGCGCCCUCCGCCCGGGCCGGGCCGCGGGGUCCGGGCCACUGCGGGGCCCCUGCUCGGGCUGGAGCCUAGGCCUCUCCCUCGGGGCCGGAAGGAGGUGCCGGCACUUCGUCCACAGGCCUGCGAUCCGGCUCCUGGGGGCCGGAGGCCACGCCAAGCAGAGUUUGCAGCUGUGCCUGCGAACCCCAACCGUUGAAGGGUUCAGUGGAUUGUUGUUGAAACAGCAUCUAGUCCAGAAUCCAGUCAGACUCUGGAAACUCUUAGGUGGCAGUUACUAUUUUAACACUUCCAGGAUGAAGCAGAAGACGAAGGACAAUGAUAAAUCUAAGGGGAGGACCCCUGAAGAUGAUGAAGAGGAGAGGAGACGCAAGGAGAGAGAGGACCAGAUGUACCGCGAGCGGCUGCGCACCUUGUUUGUCAUCGCCGUGAUCAUGAGCCUGCUGAACGCGCUCAGCACCAGCGGGGGCAGCAUUUCCUGGAACGACUUUGUGCACGAGAUGCUGGCGAAGGGCGAGGUGCAGCGCGUGCAGGUGGUGCCUGAGAGCGAUGUGGUGGAGGUCUACCUGCACCCUGGAGCUGUGGUGUUCGGGCGGCCUCGGCUGGCCUUGAUGUACCGGAUGCAGGUGGCAAACAUCGACAGGUUUGAGGAGAAGCUCCGAGCUGCUGAAGACGCCCUGAAUAUUGAAGGCAAGGACAGGAUCCCGGUUUCCUAUAAGCGGACAGGAUUCUUUGGAAAUGCCCUCUACGCCUUGGGGAUGACCGCCGUGGGCCUGGCCAUCCUGUGGUACGUGUUCCGUCUGGCUGGAAUGACGGGAAGGGAAGGAGGACUCAGUGCUUUUAAUCAGCUUAAAAUGGCUCGUUUCACAAUUGUGGAUGGCAAGAUGGGGAAAGGAGUCAGCUUCAAAGAUGUAGCAGGAAUGCACGAAGCCAAACUGGAAGUCAAAGAGUUUGUGGAUUAUCUGAAGAGCCCAGAGCGCUUCCUUCAGCUUGGCGCCAAAGUCCCAAAAGGUGCACUGCUGCUCGGGCCCCCCGGCUGUGGGAAGACACUUUUGGCCAAGGCGGUGGCAACAGAGGCCCAGGUGCCGUUCUUGGCAAUGGCCGGUCCAGAGUUCGUGGAGGUCAUUGGAGGCCUUGGCGCUGCCCGCGUGCGGAGCCUCUUCAAGGAAGCCCGGGCCCGGGCUCCCUGCAUCGUCUACAUUGACGAGAUCGACGCUGUGGGCAAGAAGCGCUCCACCACCAUGUCUGGCUUCUCCAACACGGAGGAAGAGCAGACACUCAACCAGCUUCUGGUGGAAAUGGACGGAAUGGGCACCACCGACCAUGUCAUCGUCCUGGCAUCUACCAACCGAGCUGACAUCUUGGACAACGCUUUGCUGAGACCGGGCCGACUGGAUCGACACGUCUUCAUUGACCUUCCCACACUGCAGGAAAGGCGGGAGAUUUUUGAGCAGCACCUGAAGAGCCUGAAGCUGACCCAGGCCAGCAGCUUUUACUCACAGCGUCUGGCAGAGCUCACGCCGGGGUUCAGCGGUGCUGACAUCGCCAACAUCUGUAACGAGGCCGCGCUGCACGCUGCACGGGAAGGGCACACGUCCGUCCACACGUUUAACUUCGAGUACGCUGUGGAACGGGUCAUUGCUGGGACUGCCAAAAAGAGCAAGAUCCUAUCAAAGGAAGAACAAAAGGUGGUUGCGUUUCAUGAGUCAGGCCAUGCCCUGGUUGGCUGGUUGCUGGAGCAUACCGAGGCCGUCAUGAAGGUCUCCAUUGCGCCACGGACAAAUGCAGCGCUGGGCUUUGCUCAGAUACUUCCGAGAGACCAGCACCUCUUCACCAAGGAGCAGCUGUUUGAGCGCAUGUGCAUGGCCUUGGGUGGCCGCGUGUCCGAGAACAUCUCCUUUAACAAAGUCACUUCUGGGGCUCAGGACGACCUGAGGAAGGUCACACGCAUCGCCUAUUCCAUGGUGAAGCAGUUUGGGAUGGCGCCAAGCAUCGGGCCCGUCUCCUUUCCCGAGGCGCAGGAGGGCCUCACAGGCAUUGGACGGCGCCCCUUCAGCCAGGGCCUGCAGCAGAUGAUGGACCACGAAGCGAAGCUGCUGGUGGCAAAGGCCUACAGGCACACGGAGAAGGUGCUGCAGGAAAACCUGGACAAGCUGCAGGCGCUGGCGAAUGCCCUGUUGGAGAAGGAAGUGAUACACUACGAGGAUAUCGAAGCCCUCAUCGGUCCGCCACCUCACGGGCCCAAGAAGAUGAUCGCUCCUCAGAGGUGGAGUGACGCGGAGAGGGAGAAGCAAGACGUGGGGGAGGAGGAGGCACCUCAGCAGCCCCCACUUCAAGGGGAGGAGCCGUCUUAGCCCAAGUAG